AGCAAUGCUUUUGAAUUGAAAUGUGUAUACAUAAUCGGAGUCGUUCUACUGAUCGAGAGUCGACCCUUUAGGAGAAGCGAGUGGUGCAAAGUACAUCUCAGCCUUCCCAGUCCUUUUAUGGAUCACCUCUAUGAAGAAACAGGGUUACAAUGGGACAGAGCACCUCGGAACAAGAGGUCCAAACAGAUGGCUCAGAGGACAAGUUUAAUGACAAGACAUUUGUGGAGGAGGAACUCCAGACCAGCAUGAUGAUGGGGAUCGUAAUUGGUGCUGGCGUCGCCAUAAUCCUCAUCGCCAUCCUCAUCUUCUUCAUCCUGCGGCGGAUCCACCUUCGAAAGCUAGAAGCACAGGAGGCUCCCAAGUAUCGCUUUCGUAAGAGGGACAAAGUCAUGUUCUAUGGGCGAAAGAUCAUGCGUAAAGUCUCCCAGUCUACCUCCUCCCUGGUGGGUACAUCCUCCUCCUCUCGACCGCGCCUGAAAAAGAAGCAGAAGAUGCUCAACAUUGCCAAAAAGAUCCUGCGCUUUAAGAAGGAAGUGCCUACAUUGCAGGCCAAGGAGCCUCCUCCCUCCGUACUGGAGGCAGAUCUUACUGAGUUUGACGUGGCCAACUCUCACCUUCCUUCUGAGGUGCUUUAUAUGCUUAAAAAUGUCCGUGUGCUGGGCCACUUUGAGAAGCCGCUCUUUCUAGAGCUCUGCAAGCAUAUGGUGUUUGUACAAUUCCAACAAGGGGAGUAUGUCUUCAGGCCGGGCCAGCCAGACAGCAGCAUCUACGUGGUUCAAGAUGGAAAACUAGAAUUGUGCCUUACUGGAACGGAUGGCAAAGAAAGUGUGGUGAAGGAGGUUUUCCCUGGAGACAGUGUCCACAGCCUCCUUAGCAUUCUGGAUGUCAUCACGGGCCACCAGAAACCUUACAGAACAGUGUCGGCACGGGCUGCUGAGGUUUCCACUGUUCUUCGUUUACCAGUAGAGGCCUUCCUGUCUAUAUUUGAGAAGUACCCUGAGAGCCUGGUGCGGGUAGUACAGAUUAUCAUGGUUCGUCUCCAGAGAGUAACAGUUUUAGCCCUGCACAACUACUUGGGCCUAACAAAUGAGCUCUUCAGCCAUGAAUUGCAUCCCUCACGUCAGCCCCCUCCGUCUCCUCACCCGACCCGCACCAGUCCCAUCCGCCACGGCAAGCGCUUUGGCAGCCUGACAGUGCCUGAGGAGCAACGCGAAGCUGCCAUAAAAGGUGAUUUGGUUGGAGAUCAAGCAAAGGAUGGAGCUACUCUUAGUAGGACCAUCUCCAUGCCUGUGGAUAUUGCUGGUAUACAGAAAGGUCUGAGAUCAGACUUUGACAUGGCAUAUGAAAGGGGACGGAUCUCUGUGUCUGCAGAGGAUGGCAACACCCCACCCAACUUUGCUCGGUCUGUUUCCCAGGACCACCGGGAGAGGAAGGUGACUGUGGAUGAGGUUCCUUCAGGGAUCUACCUGUAUCCAGAGGAAGAGACAGGAGUGGACAAUAGUUUCACAACUAUAACCUGUCGAUCAAGUUCAGCAUUGUUUGAGGAAGCUCAGAAAGAGGUCCUUAAGCUCAUGAGGAUUGAGGACCCCUCUCUGUUAAAUGGAAAAGUUACCUUACAUCAAGCUAAAGCUGGAGCUGUCUUGGCCAGACAGGGAGACCAGGACGUGAGUCUCCACUUUGUUCUGUCUGGUUGCCUGCAUGUCUAUCAGCGGAUGAUAAAUAAGCAAGAAGCCGUCUGCCUGUUUGUGACCCACCCAGGGGAGAUGGUGGGACAGCUCGCUGUGCUUACUGGCGAGCCUCUCAUUUUCACCAUUAAGGCCAUUCGAGACUGUACUUACCUCAAGAUAUCAAAAUCUGAUUUCUAUGAGAUUAUGAGGGAGCAGCCCAGUGUGGUGUUGAGUGCAGCACACACUGUGGCCAUCCGGAUGUCACCAUUUGUCAGACAGAUGGACUUUGCUAUUGACUGGAUGGCUGUGGAAGCAGGUAGAGCCCUCUACAGACAAGAUGAUAAGUCAGACUGCACAUAUAUUGUUCUGAAUGGACGUCUGCGUUCAGUCAUCCGUAAGGCAAAUGGCAAGAAAGAACUAGUGGGGGAAUAUGGAAGAGGAGAGCUCAUUGGAGUGGUGGAGGCGUUGACCAGACAGCCCAGAGCCACCACUGUGCAUGCUGUAAGAGACACUGAACUGGUCAAGCUGCCUGAGGGAACACUCAACAACAUCAAAAGAAGAUAUCCUCAGGUGGUGACGAGGUUGAUCCACUUAUUGGGCCAGAAAAUUCUGGGGAACCUUCAGCAGGGUCGAGGACCAUUCUCAGGCUCAACCCUGCGUCUGCCAAGUACGACUACCAGUGCUGAUGUAACCAACCCUGCCAGCAACCUCUCUACUGUGGCUGUGUUACCAGUAUGUGAUGAAGUGCCAAUCAAUGCGUUCAACUUGGAGCUUAGCCAUGCCCUCAGUGCCAUUGGGCCAACUUUGCUAUUGACCAGUGACAUAAUUAGAGAGCGACUUGGAGCAUCUGCUUUAGACAGCAUCUAUGAGUACCGCCUCUCCGGCUGGUUGGCCCAGCAGGAAGACAUCAAUCGAAUUGUCUUGUACCAGACAGACAACAGCAUGACCCCAUGGACUCAGCGCUGCAUUCGCCAGGCAGAUUGCAUCCUUAUUGUUGGCCUGGGAGACCAGGAACCGACCCUAGGAGAGUUGGAGCAGAUGCUGGAGAACACAGCAGUCCGUGCAUUGAAACAGCUCAUCCUUCUUCACAGAGAGGAUAGUCCAGGUCCUUCCAGGACAGUCGAGUGGCUUAACAUGCGUAGCUGGUGCUCAGGGCAUCUUCACCUUAAGUGCCCUCGCAGGGUCUUUUCCAGACGCAGCCCCAGCAAACUGAGAGACGUUUACGAAAAGGUUUUUGAGAAAACAGCAGAUAGACACAGUGAUUUUUCUCGGCUAGCCCGAGAGCUGACUGGUAACAGUAUAGCCCUUGUGCUGGGAGGAGGUGGAGCAAGAGGUUGUUCUCACGUGGGUUUAAUUAAAGCUAUGGAGGAAGCGGGGAUUCCCAUUGACAUUGUUGGCGGAACAUCUAUCGGAUCAUUCAUUGGAGCGCUGUACGCUGAGGAGAGAAGUGCUGUCAGAACCAAGCAGAGAGCCAGAGAGUGGUCAAAGGCCAUGAACUCGGUAUUCAAAACAGUCCUGGACCUGACCUAUCCCAUCACCUCCAUGUUCUCCGGCUCUGCAUUCAACACCAGCAUCUACAAAGUUUUUCAGGACAAGCAAGCUGAGGACUUGUGGCUGCCAUAUUUCAACGUCACUACAGAUAUCACAGCGUCCGCCAUGCGUGUUCACCAAGAUGGUUGCGUCUGGCGGUAUGUUAGAGCCAGCGCCUCCUACACCCCGUAUUUACCUCCCCUCUGCGACCCCAAGGAUGGCCACUUGCUUGUGGACGGUUGCUAUGUAAACAAUGUCCCAGCGGAUAUUGCGAGGAACAUGGGCGCCAAAACAGUCAUUGCCAUCGACGUGGGCAGCCAGGAUGAGACAGACCUCUGUAACUAUGGCGACUGUCUGUCUGGCUGGUGGUUGCUGUGGAAACGAAUCAAUCCCUGGGCUGAAAAAGUCAAGGUGCCAGAUAUGGCAGAGAUCCAGUCUCGACUGGCCUAUGUGUCUUGUGUGCGGCAAUUAGAGGUGGUCAAGAAGAGUGCUUAUUGCGAGUACAUUCGACCGCCCAUUGAUCGUUUCAAGACCAUGGACUUUGGCAAGUUUGAUGAGAUUUAUGAUGUGGGCUUCCAGCACGGUAAGCUGGUGUUCACUGGCUGGGCCCGAGGUGACAUCAUUGAAAACAUGCUGAGGGACCAUCGAUCGGCCGACUACAACGACAGCAAAAGAGUUGACUCUUGCACAUAUCAAGGAGCGGACUUCACAGAUCUUGCAGAGAUUGUAUCCCGGAUAGAGCCAGUCCAAAACUACGUUUCUGCUGAGGCGGAAGAGUCGGACUGUCUGACAGAAUAUGAGGAGGAUGGGAUGGACACUGUGAGAGAGGAGGAAGGGCAGGAGGAGGAAGAAGACCUAGAGGACCUGUCCCCUGGAGAGUGGGGACCAAAUGGAAUCUUCCAGACUGAUGAGGAGAAAUCUGUGAGGCAACGUAGGAAACUUACAAGUGACACCUCAGAAGUCUCUGACUGCUGACAACAAGCUGCAGCGGAAGAUUUUGAAGUGGCUCAUCAAGGGCCAAAAGAACAACAAACUCAAACAAUGUGCUCCACUCCAGAUUUUUCUGGAAAUGUUUUUUAUAAAUCUUGAAGUCAUCCCCUAAGCUGUCGCAGCACCUCUGACUUAACCGGAAGUGGCUUCUUCUUUCUGCCCCACGAGGAGUUAAGUGGAUUUUUCAAAGAUGGCUUUUAAGGGGGCCCUCUCACUUCACGUAGUCUGCUUCCUCAAACCCCAGAAGGACUCCAAUAACCAACCCCACACAGGAGGACCUUGCACACAACUGCAGUGUUUGGCUAAGGAAUGGCCAGAAAGACACUUCAAUGCAUGCCUCCAGAGUAUUUCUAUACACUGUGUGUGUCUGUGAUGCUUGAGUGUUGUAAUAGUACCAUGACACUGGAAGAAAAGGAAACUGCAGGAGGGAUGAAAUGUUGACAACUUGACAUUCCAAGUCACAUCAGGAAAGGUUGUAAGUAUUAGGAAGACGAUGGAUGAAAUGGAUAUUGAAAGUCAAAGAUGGGAAAGGGAUUUUAGAUUGUUUCGAAAUGUGUCUACAAGGAAGUUAAAAAAAAACGAGAUGGACACUCACUGGUCCAUCUCGUUUUUUAAAAAUUCAAUUUAUUUAAGACUAACGCACACUGGCAGCUCGCUUUUGGUAGUUUUAAGGGAAGAGGAGAGCGAAUGAAUGUGUGAUGGAACUUUGGAUUCAUUGAGCUGCUUUCAGUGAUCCGAGUGGUUUGGAUGCCAAAAUCCAGAUGUUCCAUGCCUGUGCCCCUUUUGUCACAAAGUCCGGUUUCAUUUUGAAGGUACAGCAACUCCCUGCAGCUUAUGGUCCUACUGUACUAGUAAAUCAAAAGCACCCUGAUUAAAACUGAUUAUCACCUCAUAUAACUGAAAUGAUAUGGACUACCUUGUGUUGAUAGUCAUGCGUUUAUGCGAGGUGUACAUUUCUAAUACUUAGUUGCUAAACCGACAUCCAAAGAAACGUGAUGUCAAACAAUUGUACAGUUUAUUUGACAGGUCUUGUUUUAUUUUUAUUUUUUUUUAAACUGAUUUAACGUUAUUAACUACUGAUUUUAAUUGAUGUAUUUUUGUGAAUUUCCUUAAAUGGUGAUGUGGGUUUUAAUUUGCUUUGAAUGGUAACUGAAAUAGUGACAAUAUUCCUUCCUCAUCAGAUGCUUUGUUUCGAUUCAUUAUUCACGUUGCGAUCCCAAAGCAGAAAACGCGAGAAGCUAAAGAUUAAGAGUGAUUUAAUAUGCACAUUGUAAAAUAAACAUGCAUAAUGCCAUA